CUUAGAGCUUAGCUGGGCGGUUUUCAAAUGUUUUAAAUUACAGUUAUAACCGUAAUAUUAUCAUAUUUCCAGCUAAGGGAUCCGUAAAGAGGCGUGCCCACGGUGCUUAGGAUGCACGGGGCGUCAUCGCCUGCUUAGGAUGCGCCAGCUCCUCCCGUUCACGGGGCAUCCUCGGCCCCGAAAGAUGCAAACGUGCCCCUCGCCAGCGUUCCACGCCUAGCCAAGCGUUCCCGCUGCCCUCCCAGAGCCCGGCCAGCGGGAGCCCCGGGAGGAGUGGGAGGGAGGGAAGGAGCCAGGCAAGCGGGCGGCCGGGGUCGGGGCUCAGCGCCCGUCACCCCAACAUCUCCCGGCCUAACGCACGCAGCCCGAAGCCUGGACAAGGAGCGGGGGGAGCUUUCCUCCCUCCCUUCCUGCAUUGGACGUCGUCGUCGGGGUUCCCUUGGAGAAGAUGCCGGGCCAGAUGCAGACGUCUCCCUGGGUGGAGGAGAGCGGCCUGGCGUCGCAGCUGUCCGCUGCAGCCGGGAGCUGCGGAUCAGCUGGGCAUCCUUACUACCAGAAUCCUAAAUGUCCUGAUAGAAUUGAAGAACAAAAAUUAGAACCUCAUAUAGCCAGGCUGCAGGAGUUAUGGACCACACCUCAACUCCAAACUGUUCACAUUCCGAAAUCGAUGAAUGCACCAUCUCUCAAGCAUCCAGACCUCACAACAGGUCAAAAGCGGUAUCUCUGCAGCAUUGCCAAGAUCUAUAGCACGGAUUCAUUGAAGACGCUGAUGAAGAGGCAGUACAUGCAUAUGGUUCAGCUUGACACACAGAAGCCAGGUGUCUCUACCCAUCACAGAAGUCAGAUCAGUCCGCGUUAUUCCCAGAAGCAGCAUUCUCCCUGCACCACAUGGAGACACCAACUGGAAAGACUGGACUCAUUGCAUUCUAGCAUCAUAGCUACCCCAUCAGCUGAGCCCCAGGCCAUACAGCAUUCCCUCUGGCAACCAGGGAGGAACAAAGAAGGGUUAAAAUGUGGCCCUCUGCCCAAAGCAAGAUGUAAAUCACUCAAGAUUUUUCAAAGACCCAACAAAGCUUUCAGAUACACAGAUUUCACAAAUGAUUCUGACUCAUACAUGAGUGAAGAAAAAAGAGAUGAAGAUUUAUUAAAUAAAUGUAUGCAGUCAAUGUCAAUAGAAGAACAAGGGGAAAAUCUGAUGUGAACUUGACACUCCUGUCCUGUAGUCCUGGUCUAUUAUUUGCCUAAAUCCAAGUUGUUGAUUCUACAGUCAUGUGCCAAAGGAGGAGUUGUGAAUUCUGUUCAUAACUAAUUUUAGGUCAGUACUAUGUUAUUCACUAUUGUCUUAUUGACUAGUUUGGAAACAUUCCAAAACUGGGCUUGUGAACAUGUAACUAGUUUGAUGUAGUUCAGUGUUUCAGUGAUAUUUGUGUAGAAAAAUUUAUCUGUAAACCAAGCUCAUAUUUGUAGUCAGAUACUUAAAAAUUUUCAUUGUCACUUAAAAGAAAAAAAAAAGAAUUCUUUUAGUUUUCUUUAAAGCAUUUGCAACCAAAGGCUAAUAGUAAAUUUUACAUAAGCAUCCUGCUGUACAUGAUUCCUUUUCUUGCUGUGCUAAAUCCUCAAUAAAUGUUUGUUGAAUUGGA